AUGUCGGUUGUGAGUGCCCUACCUUUUUUCAAACCGUUCCACAUGCGCGCUCCGAUUUCUCCCGGGCGUCAGCGUCGCCACACACUGCCGGCCAGCGAGUUUCGCUCCCUCAGUCCGGAGGACGCUAUCAGUGUUUUUGAGAUCGAGAGGGAAGCUUUUAUCUCCGUGUCCGGUGAAUGUCCCCUGCACUUGGACGAGGUGCGUCAUUUUCUCACACUCUGUCCGGAGCUGUCUUUGGGGUGGUUCGAGGAAGGCAGGCUGGUAGCCUUCAUCAUCGGCUCUCUCUGGGACCAGGAGCGGCUAACAACGGAUGCGCUGACUCUUCACAAACCCCAUGGCUCCACUGUCCACGUCCACGUCCUGGCCGUCCACCGCACCUUCCGCCAGCAGGGCAAGGGCUCCAUCCUGAUGUGGCGCUACCUGCAGUACCUGCGCUGUUUGCCCUACGUGCGCCGCGCCGUCCUCAUGUGCGAGGACUUCUUGGUGCCUUUCUACCGGAAGUCCGGGUUUAAGGUGCAGGGCCCCUGCGAGAUCACCGUGGGCCCCCUUACCUUCACCGAGAUGCUGUACCACGUCCGUGGCCACGCUCUCAUGCGUCGCAACAGCGGUUGCUGAGCCGCCGAAUGGUCCCCUGGACCGUGUGAUGUGAUUGAUGUUGCUUGCGUGUUUUGUUUGGUUUCUAUGGUCAGUCAAGUGAAGACGGGGAAGAUGUGCUUUUGGCCAGUGUUUGGAGUUGAUCAUCAGCUUGUUGUGUAGGUGUAAACGUCUCACGCUUUGUUGGCUCUAUGGGUGUAGAUGUUUGCGAGGUAAAGUUUUCCUUUGUGUUAAGGAAUGAUGCGGGGGCAUCCACUGCCCUGAUCAGUAAAAACGACCCAUAGUCAGCAAAGGACCAAUAUGAGCAUAAUUUGCUCGCUGUGCUGCUGGAGACUAUACAGCAGCAAUUAGAAAAGAAUUACAUUCAUGUUUUAUUGUCAGUUAUUUUUAUAUUUAUAUGUGGACAACUUAUUUAUACUUUUUAUUUUGCAUAUUUUUUUUUAUUAAAUGUUGGAAUUUUUUUUUACUUAGAACAUUUGAAAAGAUAAUUUCUAUCAUUAUCUCUAGUGUCUUACAAUGUUAUCAGAUUUCUAGUUUGAAGAAGAGGUUUGAGAUGGCAGGAACUGGACUCUUUAUUAAGUCUUUAUUGUAUUCAUCCCUGCCCCAACAAUUUGUAUGUAUUCAGCAGGUCCAUCUUACUAUGGUGCAAUGAUAGCCCUUCUUCUCUGUUAGUGUCUUGGCUGCACUGGUUGUGUAUGUGUGCAAUACAGGCAUUAAAAUACUCGUAUAGCAUCAACUCAGCACCACCUUUUGAUUGUGGUCUCUUGUGAUUCAAGACGCCAUCACAGCUAUUUAAACUAUAUGAGUAAACAAUUUGCUGAGCAUUGUAUUUUUUUCAUUGUGAUUAUUAUAUUUUUACUUGUCACAUACGUAUCAUGCAGUCAAAUG